CCUGUCUUCAUCCCAAACUCUCUCGUUUGCUUUCCUUUAUAUUCUGCAGUCUCCUGCAGUUUGGCAUUUUCUAUGCUUAGUCUCGCUCGCAGAACUUUGAAUCGCGUUCCCAGCUUCCAGGAUAUCCUACAAGGCAGGAUGACCCACCCCGAUAUCUCCGUCGACGUUCUCGUCAUCGGUGCCGGACCUACUGGUCUCGGUGCUGCUAAGCGUCUGAACCAGAUCGAUGGCCCCUCAUGGAUGAUUAUUGACAGCAACGAGACUCCUGGUGGUCUUGCUUCUACCGAUGUCACCCCCGAGGGAUUCCUUUACGAUGUCGGUGGUCACGUCAUCUUCUCUCACUACAAGUAUUUCGACGACUGCAUUGAUGAGGCGCUUCCCAAGGAGGAUGAUUGGUACACCCACCAGCGUAUCUCCUACGUUCGCUGCCAGGGCCAAUGGGUCCCCUAUCCUUUCCAGAACAACAUUUCCAUGCUUCCCAAGGAGGAGCAGGUCAAGUGCAUCGAUGGCAUGAUCGAUGCUGCUCUUGAGGCUCGUGUCGCCAACACCAAGCCCAAGACCUUUGACGAGUGGAUUGUUCGCAUGAUGGGUACCGGUAUCGCCGACCUUUUCAUGAGACCCUACAACUUCAAGGUCUGGGCUGUGCCCACCACCAAGAUGCAAUGCGCCUGGCUCGGUGAGCGUGUUGCUGCUCCCAACCUCAAGGCCGUGACGACCAACGUUAUCCUCGGCAAGACCGCUGGUAACUGGGGUCCCAACGCUACAUUCCGCUUCCCCGCUCGUGGCGGUACUGGUGGUAUCUGGAUUGCCGUGGCCAACACUCUCCCUAAGGAGAAGACCCGCUUCGGUGAGAAGGGCAAGGUUACCAAGGUCAAUGCCAACAACAAGACGGUGACGCUGCAGGACGGCACCACCAUCGGCUACAAGAAGCUUGUCUCCACCAUGGCUGUUGAUUUCUUGGCCGAGGCCAUGAACGACCAGGAGCUCGUUGGUCUCACCAAGCAGCUCUUCUACUCUUCCACCCACGUCAUUGGUGUUGGUAUUCGUGGCUCUCGCCCCGAGAGAAUCGGUGACAAGUGCUGGCUCUACUUCCCCGAAGACAACUGCCCCUUCUACCGUGCCACCAUUUUCUCCAACUACUCCCCUUACAACCAGCCUGAGGCCUCGAAGAAGCUGCCCACCAUGCAGCUUGCCGAUGGCUCCAAGCCCCAGAGCACUGAGGCCAAGGAGGGCCCUUACUGGUCUAUCAUGUUGGAGGUCUCCGAGUCCUCUAUGAAGCCCGUCAACCAGGAGACUCUUCUGGCCGACUGCAUCCAGGGUCUCGUCAAUACCGAGAUGCUGAAGCCCACCGAUGAGAUUGUCUCCACCUACCACCGCCGCUUCGACCACGGCUACCCCACCCCCACCCUGGAGCGUGAGGGUGCUCUCACUCAGAUCCUGCCCAAGCUGCAAGACAAGGACAUCUGGUCUCGUGGCCGCUUCGGUAGCUGGCGCUACGAGGUUGGCAACCAGGACCACUCCUUUAUGCUGGGUGUCGAAGCCGUCGACAACAUUGUCAACGGUGCUGUUGAGCUCACUCUCAACUACCCUGACUUCGUCAACGGUCGUCAGAACGCUGAAAGACGUCUGGUGGACGGCGCUCAGGUAUUCGCCAAGAGCAAGGCCCAGUAAAAUGUUCCUUUCUCAUGUACCAUGAUGGUUUUGAUCAAACUAUGUCAAUCCUAAUACUGAAUGAUGUCUUCAACGGGAAAAAUCUAGAGGCGAGACUGGGAACAACGGAGCAUUUUGCUAUUAAUUCGAGACGUCCGAGAACUUGUCUGCCGGCGUUUCAUUCUGUGAAUCACCUUACUUUCUUCUUCCGACCGCCUUUGCACCUUUACCAUUCUUGUUAUACCAUUUCUCAGACAUAAAUCAUGUUGUUAGACUUGCCUCGCAUCUAUUAUAUACCUUACCCUUUAUUCUGAUGAAUUCGAUCAUUCUGAUCCUUCUUUGACUGGCUUGUUUGGCAUGAGGUGAUUCUAUGAUAUAAAGCUGCUCUCGUUAGACUUUGCUUUACUACAAUAUAUCACUAAUCAACCAGAAUAUCAUCU